AUGGCUCUCUUCUUCCUUAUCAUUGCCAUCACAACCACGCUGUUCCCUCUCUCACACCAACAACCACCCUUGGACUCAUCAGAACAACAAGCACUCUACCAAGUUCUCCACUCUCUCAACCCCUCCGUUCCCUGGCCCACCCUUUUCCCCGAUGAUCUUUGUCUCUCCGCCCCACACGGCGUCGUUUGCGAAUACUCUACUCAACCAUCCCAACCACCGCACAUUGUUGAACUCAGCUUCGGCUAUGUCUCUGAUGAAACCCCUAACCCACCUUGCUCCCUCAAUGCCACCUUCAACCCUCUUCUCUUCACCUCUUUCCCUUACCUUCGCAAACUCUUCUUCUACAAGUGCUUCAACCAAACACAAAGGUUAACACUGACACAAGCACUUCCCUUACCCUCUCUCGAAGAACUCGUCUUCAUUCACAACCCUUCUUUCGUUGCUCCUCUUGGUCCUUUUCUUCAAAACCUCACUUCUCUCAGGAGACUUGUUUUGAUCGGAAAUGGGUUUCACGGUCAAGUUCCCAAGCAGGUUGGUGGUUUUGUUAACUUGGAAGAGGUUACUCUGUCUCGGAACAGCCUUAGUGGUGAGGUUUCGGAGAGUUUGGGGUUGUUGAAGGAACUUAAGGUUCUUGAUCUGAGUCAGAACAGGUUUGAAGGGUGUGUCCCUGAAUCGCUUGGUAAUCUCACUCAGCUUUUGAAGCUUGACUUGAGCUUCAAUGGGUUUGGUUGUAGGAUCCCAGAGAGUUUGAAACACUUGCAAAGUUUGGAGCUUUUGGACCUGAGCUUCAACCGGUUUGGUAAUUUUGGGGUGCCUUUGUUUUUGGGGGAGAUCCCAAGGUUAAAGGAAGUGUAUCUGAGUGGGAAUUCGCUUUCUGGGGUGAUUCCGGAAAUAUGGGAAAAUCUUGGAGGUGUGGAAAAGGUGGGAUUUUCAGAGAUGGGUUUGGUUGGGCAUAUUCCACCCUCAAUGGGGGUUUAUUUGAAAAAAUUGUCUUAUCUUGGGCUUGAUAAUAACAGGCUUGAUGGGCCUGUGCCUGAGGAGUUUGGGCUUCUUGAGUUUGCUGAUGAGAUCAACUUGGAGAACAAUAAUUUGAGUGGUGUAGUCUCAUUCUCCACCAAAGUUGUUGGACAGAAGCUGAAGCUUGCAGGGAACACAGGAUUGUGUGUGGACAGCAGAAUUAGUUGUGGUAGUGGCAACUUGGAUCAACUGAAGCCCUGCAAGAAAACAGAUGUUCCUGAUGCUGUCAUUUUCAGCGGGGUUUCUAUGAUGCUUUUUGAUCCUCUUGUGUUGGUCUUGGUCAUGUUCCUGGGGUGGUUUUUUGUCUUCAUCGGAUUUUGA